CCCACAAAAAACCGGCCAGCAUGCUCGCCGGCAACCCCCACUUCUCCUCAGCCAACCCUUCGGGUGACUACUCCUCCGCCGCCGCCGCCGGAGAGGCCCGGCCAAGCCGCUACGAAUCUCAGAAACGGCGGGACUGGAACACCUUCAGCCAAUACCUGCGCAACCACCGACCACCUCUCGCCCUCUCCCGCUGCAGUGGCGCCCACGUGCUCGAAUUCCUCCGCUACCUCGACCAGUUCGGCAAGACCAAGGUCCACGCCGUCGGCUGCCCGUUUUUCGGUCAACCCUGCCCUCCAGCCCCCUGCCCCUGCCCGCUCCGCCAAGCUUGGGGCAGCCUAGACGCCCUUGUCGGCCGCCUCCGCGCCGCCUUUGAGGAGAACGGCGGCGAGCCGGAAGCCAAUCCGUUCGGUGUGCGAGCCGUACGCCUUUACCUCCGGGAGGUUAGGGAUUCUCAGGCAAAGGCGCGAGGCAUCGCAUAUGAGAAGAAGAAGCGGAAAAGGCCGGCGGCGAACGCGUCGGCGGCGGGCGGUGGUGGAGUGGAUGUGGAGCCUGUGAGGAUGAUGAUGGCGGAUGGAAGGGAGCAGAUGGUAAUGAUGGCUGUGGAUUACACUGGCGAGCUGAUACCUCUUUGA